UCGUUGCUCUAUUUGAUUAUCAAAUAAAGUUAUAAGUAGGUACGUAGUAGGUACUCAUCUUAAUUUGUAUUUUAUGUAAAUUUUCAGUUUCGAGAAAAAGUGAAUUUGAAAAUACAAAGUAUACCGACACAAAGAAACGGUAGAUUCAAUUAAUGAAAGUACAUAGGUACCUAGGUACCUAAGUGUAGUUGUUCAGGUUAAAAUGUUCCGUAGAUUGUACCCAAUAUUAUUUCAGUAAAGUUGUACUUAGGUACCUAUCAAUAAUGCUGGAAAAUUUUUGGUUGUUUUGUUUUUUGCUCGCGAUUGUUCCCGGUGAUAGUCGAUUGCAACCGGGUUUGUUACGAGAAUACGGCAAUGUUUUCAAUAACCUCUCGAAUCUAGCGUUGUUGCCACAUUUAAUGGAAACACCAGAAUGUAUUCGCGAUUGCCAGAUAUAUCAACAAGCUUUUCUACAAAAUCAGAUGUGGGCUGCCAAAAUGUUCGACACCAAUGGCAGACUACCAGCAGGAAUAUUGAAAGGCAACAUGCAUCAAUUGGGAGAUUUGAAGCAAUGUGUGUCCACUUCAUCUGAAUCAGCAAACAUAGAAGGAAAAUUUUGUUUCAUUAAAAUUUACAUAAAACCAAUGGAAAACAACACAUUUAUGAAAGAAAUUUGGAAAAAUGCCUAUACUGUAAUAAUGUUUACGUCUAAGCCUUAUGAGAAAAAUGUUGCUCCUUUUAAUGAUGUAAUUCUAUCAACAUUUUGUGUUCCUUCUUCUUGCACUGCUCGUGAAUUGAUGGUGGCAUCGAGGAAAGCUUUAUCAAUUUUUAAUCAUAGCACGUUCGGUUUAGAAGUUCAUGUGGAUGAUUUGAGCGAAGAGCAUUGUGUUAUUAAAGAAGAAUAUUAUAGGAACAAAAUUCCAUUGGAGUAUUCUGCUAAAAUUUUUAUAGUUUUUAUGACUAUUUUUGUAUGUUGUGUCACUGUUAUUGAUGUGUUUUUCUUGCAAAAUGUUCAAAUGAAUGGUAAUUCAAUACUAGCAUUUUGCAAAUCGUUCUCAUUACAACAAAACUGGAAUAGUCUAACAAAGGUUGAAAAUGAUUGUGAUUCCGUUGGUUGCUUAAAUGGCAUAAGAUGCAUAAUAUACUACUUAGUGUUCAUGUUGCAUUUCUCGGUGAAAUUCUUAAUUUUUUCCGUCGAUCAAUCGGAUGUUACUCAACUUCUACGAUAUCCCAUUCUUACUUCAUUGGUGAAAAAUGCACCUUUUGUUUUGGACGCGUUGAUUUUUUCAUCUGGAAUUUGUCUUUCCCACAAAAUAGCGAAAUUUUCAACAGAGAAUAAUACAAGAGCAAUAUGGAAAUUGAUGUUCUUCAAGUAUAUUAGGUUCCUAAUGUUCUGGGUUGUUUUUCUUUCUAUCCGAUCGACAGCAGUUAGCAAAAGUAAAGUAUUUCUACUCUAUACUCCAAAAACGAGAAAUCCCAAUAUUUGGAGCAUCAUAUUUUGCUAUGAAAAUUUUUACGGUUUGGCAAAUAUGUAUUUUGCACCAGCUCACACGUUUUACACAGAUACUCAACUUGCUUUUAUCGGCUGUCUUACAUUAAUUCUUGCAAGACGUUGUGAGAACAAAAUGAAAAUAUUUUUUUCCAUAGCUUUCGGUUCAUUGAUUUUUAGAUCAUUAUUUUUGUAUUUCUAUUCCGAAAUACCACCUUAUAUGAUAUUUGGACUGUCUUCGAACCACUUCUUGAAUAUGAUGAGCUUCAUGUAUGGGACUCCAUUCAGUAGGCUGCCGUUUUACAUGAGUGGAAUGGCAUUGGGAUAUUACACCGGAAAAAAUCCAAACCAAAAUCCAGCCAUUUCCUCGUUUUACCAGAAAAUUGGAUGGUAUCCUGUAUUAUUUUGUGUAUGUAUCGUAUUGUACUCUCAUUGUGAAAAUAUAGAUCUUCAAUACGAAUACAAUAGCUUCGAUGGAGCAGUUGUCAGCUUCAUUAACUCAUUGUUCUCAAUGAUUUUUCUAAUAUGGGUGGUAUGGUAUUGUGAAAUGUUUAAAAAGUCUUCCAAAGUGUACAGAUUUCUUGCAGAUCCAAAAUUUGUCAUAUUGAAUCGUCUGACUCCGUAUUUCAGCGCUUUACACUUAUUUGUUUUAUAUGUAUGCAUAGUGGAAUCCAAAUUCUCUUUUGAAUUCAAAUUGAACGAAGUACUUGGAUUGGAUUACUUAUUAUUGACUAUUUUAGUGUGCGGUUACAUCGUCUUAUUCAUCGAUUUACCAUUGAAAAAUAUGUGGAAGUAUCUCACAAAGAAAGAUGUUGCAUUAACCAGAAGUAAAUGCGAAUGAAAGAACAUUGUAAAUCGUUGCAAUAACCCGUUCAGGAGUCAAGAUUCAAUCAUCAACGGAAUCACAAAAAUGAUUUGAUUUAAAUUUAAAAUAAUUUUAUUUAAGGGUAUUCUUUACCUCUGCAAAAAUAUUCAAAAUAUGAAGGCCAAUUUGUGUGUUAUCUUCAUCGUUUGUUCAUUAAGACUGUGUGUAAUCGAGUGAACGAAUUUAGUCAUACUCAUGUUCCGCAACCUGCUCCCAUCAGACCUUUGGGCAGAGAUUUCUCCAUGGAUUUUCAAAAUUCUUUCAAUUUUUUUCACCAAUGCUAAUACUUUAUCAUUGAAAGCGAGGGUAGGUAGCCAUAUUUUCUAAUUUAGCUUUUCCGACGGAGAUCUGAGCAUCAAUAGUACCUCCAUUCAAUUCCCAAUGACGGCCACAAAAUCACAUAAAUCAAAAAUAUAUCGACAUACCCUCGCUUUUGAAUGUUUUCUGAGUAAAAUAAACCAAACCCCACAAAAAUCUGUCCAAUAGUUUUCGCACAAUCCCUGACCAAAGUACGUAGUUUUUAUCAAAAAUCGGUACUGAUAACAGGGGUAAAGAAUAGCCUUAACCUACCUAUGGAAAACAAUGAUAUGGAGGAAAUUAUAUAGGUGAUCUUAAAAUAUGUGUACAUUUUCAAAAUUGCUCAAAACUGUUUGAAACUGUUUUUCAUCGAUUUUACAAAUCGAAAGUAGAGAACACCCCAAAUUUCAGCUUUCCAAGUCAAUUUGGUGUUCAAUUUUUUUUUGCAUUCUUGGGCUUCUGAUUUUCAAAAAUCCACCAAAUGAGGCCCUGAAAUUUUAUGUGGUAAUGUACAUAUACCUACUUUUGCAUGCUCUUCUGACUUGGCUCUAACCGGUUCAAAAUUGUUGAUGUUGAAAUUAAUUUUACUUGAUUUUAUUUUAGUUGUGGUAAAUUUUCACAGCCUCUUUCAUGACUUCAGAACAAAGUUACAGAGUGAUGAUAAAUGAAACAAAAACAGCAUUUUUAAAACUACAUUUAUAUGCAAAAAUAUUUUCAUUAAAUUUCUUCA